UGGGUAGGGAUUUCUGAAGGGAAUGCCUAGUAGAUGCAGUUGCCUGUAAUAGCACAUCAGCAGCAGUGCCACUGAAGGCACAACGAGAGUGGGAUCGAACAGCUGAUUGCUGAAUGAGGGGGCUAGGGUAGCAGAAGCAAGCAAUGCUGGAGCAGGAAAGGAGCUGGGAGAGAAAAAGCAAGAGAGUGAAGCCUGGGAAAUCCUACAGUGACCCAAAAGGACUGAUAGUCAGUUCGGGAUGAAUAAAAUAAGUCGAUGAGUUUCAAAGCUCAGUGGCAGUUUGCCAAGGCAGGGUGAAAAAGGAAUUGUGCAAGUGCUUUAUUUUUUAAAAAGUCUACCUUUAUUUUUAGUCCAGCAGGACUUAUCUUUGUAAUGUGCCGGACAGCUGCUGUAACAGCACAGAAUCUGUGAAACCGCUAACAGUGCAGAAAGACACGUAGAGCACAGAAUUUGGAAGCGUUUGCAUUGUGUGUGUUUGGAUACUGGGCUAAGAUACUGGAUACUGGAUACUGGGUUAAGAUUGAGACUCUCCACUAAGCAGUAACAGCAGAAACAAAAAAACAACAGGAGCAGCAAACAAAAAAUAUUAAUUGUGGGUUGUCUUAUUUCUGUCUUAAUACCGAGACAUGGUAGAGAGUGAAACUGAGAACUGUGCAGCCACGCAAGACCAUGGAGAAGUCAAGUAGUGAGGACUCAUCGAUUCGUCGCAGCCCAUCUGUGGAUAGCCGGGACAGUGACUUCGCUAGAGCUUCCACCUCGGGCAGGGAGUUCGGAGGCCGUGGCUUUACAGCUGGUGCUUUUUACGGCUCAACUGGCUCCCGCGCGCAAAGUCAUGCUGGUGCCACCUCCGCAGGGGCAAAGAGAAAUAAAUACAGUGCGCCCAAAGGCAGCAAGUACAUGGUCUUUUACCUGGAUCUAUCUUUUGUGUUCCUUUUAGAAUUCAAGAAGUGCAACAUGGCAAGGGGCUGUCUCUGCUGUUUGAAAUACAUGAUGUUCCUCUUCAACCUUAUUUUCUGGUUGUGUGGCUGUGGACUCCUAGGGAUAGGAAUAUGGCUGUCGGUGUCACAGGGCAGCUUUGCCACUUUUUCACCCACUUUCCCAUCUCUCUCUGCCGCCAACUUGGUGAUUGCCAUCGGCUCCAUUGUCAUGGUGACUGGCUUCCUCGGAUGCCUGGGUGCCAUCAAGGAAAACAAGUGCCUCCUUUUGAGUUUUUUCAUUGUCUUGCUGAUUAUUCUACUGGCAGAGCUGAUAUUACUCAUUCUGUUCUUUGUUUAUAUGGACAAGGUAGGUGAGAAUGCUAAGAAGGACUUAAAAGAGGGACUUGCACUCUAUAACACAGAGAACAAUGUUGGGCUCAAAAAUGCAUGGAACAUUAUUCAGGCAGAGUGGAAGUGCUGCGGGGUGACUGGCUAUGCUGACUGGUACGAGGAGCUGAAGGACACAGUGGUUCCAGACCGCUGCUGUCAGGAGCAUUACCAGGACUGCGGGCGCAAUUCCACCAACCUGUUCUGGCAAAGGGGUUGUUAUGAAAAAGUUGAAGAGUGGCUGGAUGAUAGCAAACAUGUCCUCGGCACCAUUGGGAUGUGCAUCUUGGUAAUACAGAUUCUGGGCAUGGCCUUUUCCAUGACUCUCUUCCAACAGAUCCACAGAACUGGUAAAAAGUAUGACGCCUAGCACCGCUCCACGCACACACACCCAAGAAGCAUCCACCCUUAUCUGCCAUCAACUCUUCAGAAGAAUCAAGUUUAACCCCCUCCGACCCACCUCUGCACCACAACCAGUCCUAACCAGGCACCAAACAAUCCCCAGACUGCAUAGCUAUUGACUUGAUUUCUCUUGUUUUAUUUGCAUUCGCUGUUUGUUUGCCAAAGAAUGGAAAUGAGAUGGGAAUACACAGAGAAAGAGCAUCGGCUUGAGAAGCGAGCGUGGCACCGCGUGGCUGCCAUUCUCUUUGCUGUUCUUUUGUCUCACUAACAAUUUCCAGGAAAUACAAAACAGAAAACUAUACUUGCAUUGCUGUACCAAUACAUGUCAAACUGUACUUGCAUUGCUUUACUAAUACAUUUCUGUACUGCAAGUUUCUAUUUCGUUAGAAGACUGGUGGAGACCCAAGCCCUCCCCAAUAAACAUCCAGAGAGUAAUAAUGGGCCACAUAGCAUGCGUUUACCUACAGUUUUAUUUUCUGCUUAAUGGAUAACUUUGUAUUUUACAGAGGUACAUUUUUUGGAUAUAAUCCUCAGUAUUUUUUCUGUUUCUUUCAACUAUAAAAUCUACCAAUGUGUGUAUUUAUUUUGUUUGUUUUUAACAUUGCAAGUUACAGGACUGAUUAUACCGGUGAGUACAAAAAGGAGCAGGUCAGCUGGUACCCUAGAUAUCUGGUUUUUAGGAGCAUGUCUCCACCUGGCUCUGCAUUGAGAAGCUCUCACUUUUGAGAGAGAGUUCAUUCUGCAUAAUAUUGAGGAAACCUUUACAAUGGAUUGUGAGAGAUUAGCAUUAAUCUCUGUAACAUUUAUCUGGAUAUAUGUUUGUGUGAUUCCAUUUCACUAACGGUAGAAACCAUAACUUCUAAUCCUCACUCCUUGCCACACUGCAAUACAAGCACAGUGUUUUUUAAUCUACAUUAUAGAGCUAUGGCCUCUUCUAAACACUAACCCAUUUUGAGUUAGCUAGUCAAAGAUGUAGUACAUUUUAUAUUACCCUUGUGACUAUAUAUGACAUUAUGUAGGUCGCAUCUAUGUUUAUGUAUUGAAUUUCAUUAAUUAUCUGACCAUCAAGUUUUUAUCUGAUACAAAAUAGAAAGGAUUAAAAUAUGGUAGAAUGAAUAAAUUGUGACCCCCUCUCCCCCCUCCUGGGUUGAUAAACCUUGGCAUUGCAAUGCCUUCUGUGUGGAUUUGGCAGUCAAGCCACAUUAAAAGCCAUUGGGUAUGGAAAAGAAGGGCUGACAUCCAGCUGGUCCAGCAAGAUUGGCAGUCAGGGUUGUAAAGCUGAACUGUAUUUUGCACACUUUGGCUUUUCAAACUUUCAUUUGGUCUUUUGGUGAUUUUUUUUUUUUAUUAUUAUUUUUAUUCCAGGUCUUUCUGUAAAACAAAUACCACAACACUUGUGCACAUUUCCACAGACAUUCCUGCUAGAAAUCUUGAACAUAUACCUCUAGUUUGAAUGCUGCUUUUAUUUCUAGACCCCCUUCUGGUUCAGUCACAGAAGGAGGUUGUUUUCUUACUUUUUGCUGCUUCGAGAGGAAAGGAACGAAAGAAAGAGAAACAAUACACAAAAUGCAACAAGUAGUUGCUUCUGUAUCCCCUAACCAAGCAUCUUAAGACAGUUUGGCAUGAAUUUGUAAUUGCAAUGACCCUUGCAGAAAUGUUUUGAAUACUCUGUUGGUAUAUCAGUAUAGUACCUGUGUAGUACCCAAAGACAACCCCAGCAGAACCUAAAGCAGACCACAGUGUUACCAGCAGCACAGUGGAUAUCAGUGAAAUAACAACAUUAGAGCAUGGUACUCUAAUUUACUACCAGCUUGUUUGAUACCACUGUGGUACCAUUCUAUCAAUGGUCCAUACUACUGGUACCAUUUCAGCUUGCAUUGCCACUCAAAAUCAGACCACAGCUUCAUUCUCAGACAGUUCAGAAAAUGUACUGUUCACCCAGUAUCUACUUUUUUUGCAUUUUGUGUAUGCGGUGAGAAAUUGUGGUUGAAAAUUGGUUGGUUGUUUACUUUCAGAAUUAGGGAAUUGGGACCAGAAGUGUCUUUAGUUCAAGGGGUCAUCCACAGAAAGCAGUUUUAAAGAAAAAAGACGAACUCUGGAUGAUGAGAAGGCGAACUCUGACACUAAGCAUGUUUUGCUGCUACAUGGAAAGUAAAUGGAAAGUCUGUAAGUCUAAAGUUUUGAGAAAGACAGAGUUGAAAACAAAGGUGUUCAGACAGAUACUGUAUUUUAAAGCCUGUGGCGAGUGUUUUACACUCUUUAGGCUAAUCUUGCUGGAAUCCAUGAUAAUGUCCAUGGAUGCAAAAAAUAAAAAUGAGUAGGAGUGCAUACGUCCCUUCUUUUAGAACACUGUGGUACUUUGUGGCAGUAGAGAUAGAACUCUGCUGUGGUGGGCCUUUUGCACAGCUGUGGUAUACAAGCUAGCACCUGCCUAUGACCUCUGUGUCGAUUUAAAUAUAGAAUCUUCAACAACCAAAAGAUUGAGUUCUGGACUGCAUCAACACUUGGUGCUAAAGAGAUCUCACAGUUUGAGCAGACACUUUGUAAUCGAGUGGAGGCUGCAGAUUACAAGCAACAGUGAAACUCAAAGCUAGCCGGUCCUGAUGUUCAGGUAGAUUUUGUAAUCAUCUCGUUAUAAGUGUGCUGCUUCAUGCACAGCUCUAAAUGGUGUAUUCAGUUUUGACUUGCAAAAGAGGUAGCAUUCUUCACCUCAGCAACAUAUUCUAUUCUACAUUAUUUGGCUUUUGGUAUAAUUGCAAGAUUUUAUAGCAUGCAGGGUUUUUAAAGGAAAAGAAAAACAUAACAGAAUAUUAUAGUAUUUUACAAGUGCUAACUGUUUUGCAAAUAGCAUCUGAAUAGAAUAUUUAGCUAUAUAAAUAUUGUGUGUGUAUGUGUGUGUGGGAAUUUUUUUUUACACACAUACGAUUAUGACCUAAUUUAAAUGAGGUAAGUCUUUUUUGUGUAGUUUGCACAGACUUUCCUUUUUUUUUUUUUUUGUAAACCUGAGUAUGGAUGCACUAAAUGGUACAUUAUUUGUAAAUCCAAGGUUUGAAAUGAGUAUGCCAGAAGUAACUGUAGAAGGCUAAGCUUUCCAAAUGAUGUCAAGCAGCCUUAAUUAUCUACUAAAAAUAUCUUUAUCUGCUACAAAUUCAAGCUUUAAGUGAACAGCUUCUUCCAUGCAUACCACUUUUAAACCUUGGAUGUUUUACCAGAUAUUUUAGUUAUGGGUGGAUACUUGUAAUAAUGAAUCUAUUGUAAACUAUAUGUUUUAGGUUUCCAAAUACCCACUGUUCUCCAUAGGAUUGUGUUAGUGGUCUGUUCGGAGUGCAUUUUAUUUACAUUGUGCUUCAGUCUAGCACAGCUAUUACAGGAUCAGAUCUGAUUCUAGUCAUCAUUUUAAAUAGGUGCUGUUAAUAUAUAUAUUACCAAAUUGUUCCUACUUUAUUGUUAAACCAAAAAUAAAUGGUGUACAUGCAUUUGUAUAUGCUUUAAAAAAAUCUAUAUUUGUAAUAGACUGAUUUCAUCUUUUUCCAUAUACAAUAGUAUAGUAUACUAAACCAGGGCAAUAUUAAACAACUUGCUUGGAUAGGUAUUUCCACACUAUGAUGAAAGUUUGUAGUCUAUUCUCCUUUUUCAAAACUCUUACAAAAGAUGUUUACAGGUAUGAUUGGAAAGAAAGGAAAUAUGCUAUUAAAAUAACUUCAUCCAGAUUUAGAUGGAUUUUCUCAGACAGGCUUUAAAAUAAAUAAAGUAUAUUAUCACCAAAGACAAAUGUAUAAGAAAGAUAUUUUACUGAUAUAUGCUUUUUUAUUAUUAUUGAACCAGCAACAAAAUAUAAUAUAAAAUAACAUAACAUAAAAUAUAAUCAUGAUUGGGAUCAAAAAUGAAGAUGGAUGCAUACAUUUGUAUAUGCAGAUAUUCUUUCAUUUAUCUAACCACCAAUUUUCUUUUUCAAAUUGUGUUUAAAACCAUGUCAGAUUAAAUUUGGCAAGUACAGCGUUUUAUUACAGACCUAAUACAAGAAAGCAGUAUUAUUUGUAUUUGUGUUAUCUUGCAUAUUGUUUUGUAGAUGAAAUGCACUCUGAACUUCUCCAAUAGGUGGUGCAAUAAAUAUUUUUAAUGAAAAGUGUAAAGUCAUAAAAAAAACCAAUAUACAUUCAUGCCUUUUGAGUAUUUUAUUUUUUUUUUUUUUUGGUUUUUUAAAGAAAAUGAAUGCUUUUUGUUACUGUUGUUGACUUCAUUUAAAUAAAACUACAUAUUGAAUUGUAUUUAAUCAUGCAUAAGCAACAGUGACAUUUCAAUUUGUGACUGCAACUUGGAGCUUGGGCUCUAUCACAUAGGAAUGCAGAUAACAUGGUUACUGUAUAAAAAAAAAAAAAAAAACACCAGCGAAUGGCAGUCCGACAUGCUGUUCAAUUUUUCAUUUAAGAGUGCAACCACAGAGGAUUGCAUCCUUCUUACAGACAGAAACAGAGGAAAAUUAGGAAAGAAAUCACGUCAUUAUUUGCUUAUUAUUUUUACCAUUUGAAAUAUACGCAGGAAUAUUUUUGUACCAAUUGAUGCAUGGCUUAGAUAAACUUGGAACUGUUUUGUGUGUUAGAUAAUAAUAGAGUUUAAUGUGCCAUUCCAUCCAGGUUUUGUUCACACCACUGUUCCUUCUAUGCAAAAUACCUACUUUAGCCUUUGUACAGAUUAUUUUGUAUUAGUAUUAUGUACUGAAAUAAAGUGAACAGAAACAA